ACCCCCAAAGAUCUGUUAUCCCUAAUGCUGCUAGGAUUUCACUCUUCCCGGGAUGUAGAAGAGAGCAGUAGUGGCUGGAAUCCUGGAUAAACCCGAAGAAUUGGAUUAACGUAACAAAGUGUACUCCUGGGAACCUUGGUUUGAUUUUUAAAACAUUGAUUGUUAAGUCUCAGUUUGCAGUUAUGCCUGUCUCUGGACCACCUGUUCCACCCAAGAAGAAGAUGCCUUUAAAAAUCAUCACAGAUCUUUCAAACAUCUCACAACAUGAUGUGGAAGAUGACAAAGCUGAAGUCGCCGAACUGGACCUGGGGACCAAAAUCAAGGCCCCUAAAGAAGUGAUGUUGGAGGAAUUGUCUCUCCUAAAGAACAGGGGCUCCAAAAUGUUUCAGAUGAGACAACAAAGGGUGGAGAAAUUCAUCGUCAGUGAUGAGCACCUGAAAAACCUUAAGAAUCUGGCUCCUUCUGUGGGCUGUGAAAUGACAACUCCACCUGCUCCAUCUCCCAAACCCGAGCCGCCUCAAGACGAAGGAAAUGCUGAAGAAGAGAAAGAGCAGAAAAGAUGUGAGUACGUUAAAACAUAUGUAUCACCAUGGGAACGUGCCAUGAAAGAUGAUGAGUCACUUAAAGAAACCAUGAAGUUGAAGAUGCCAGGGCCUCAAGUUUUUAAAGACCUUCCUAAGUACAAAAGCUUCAACAGGAUGGCUCUUCCCUUUGGAGGAUUUGACAAAGCCUCUCAUCUUCAGACCUUUGAGGUCCCUGAGCUCAAGGACGCUAGUGAAGAACCACUUACAGUGCCUGUGUUACAGUAUAACAUUUGCUCUCGACCAUCUUUCAACCGCACUCCGAUUGGCUGGACGUGCAAUGAGGAACAGAGCCAAAUCAACAUGUUGGAUAGCAUCCCCUUUGAGGGAGAAACUGACGACCUUUGAGAAAUCUGCCAAUCAUAGGCUGAAUAAUACAGACAUAUACAUACUUAACUUUAAGACCAUAUGUACAUGCAUACACACAUACACACACAAGCAAAUAGGGACCUUAUGCACUCCACAGCUGGCAGAGGAAGAAAUUUAGGUGAUUAGUAUUUAUUUACAAGCUUAUAAUGUUAGAAAUGGUUUGCAUUUGUCAGCCCAUUGAUUUGUGUGUUGUUUGCUGUUCUUAUUGAGUGAACUUAUUUGCUGGUUAAUGCAGUAUUUGUCUAAACAUAUUGUGUCUAAUUUACUGCCUAAAAGAAUAGUACAUUUAAAAAUAAAAAAGUUUCAAACGUCCUAUGACUUUUUUUAACCAAAACACAACAAAAUCUUUAUUUUUGGGUGCACUUACCCUAUAGAAAUAGACAUUAUAGUAGAAUAUACAUGUAAACAGUUUAAAU